AUGCUAGCCGCUGUAGGAGCCCCAGUGCCGAAUACGGCCCACGCGGUGAGCGUGUCUCUGCCAUCAUGGAAAGCCAACGUUGGAUACGAGGAAGGCGAGGACUGGGUCGUGUCCAAGAUGCAAACAGGCUAUCCUCGCUUCUUCAUCCAUCUCACCAUCCAGGAACUCGAAAGGGAGAUAAUGAAGAAGUAUGGCAAGAACAACGAACGAGUCAUGCUAUUCCCGUCGCCAGCAACGGCCAAGAGAUGUCAGAAAUUCUUUCACGAUAGAGCACCAAAUGUCCCCAUAACAGCUGUAAGGCUGCUAAAUUUGGAGCCCAAGAUGAGCAGCAACGACCAUGACACGGUACUGUCAGGAGUCUACUGCAUUUUCUUUCCAAAGGAACACUUCCCCAUUGCCAAGCAGGUAUGGCAGCACACGGGAGAUGGAAUCUCAAGUCGACGUGGCGAAUUUUGCCUGAAAGCCUUGCAAGACGGCUAUCUUCAGCCUGUCGUCGCACCAGGACGAAUACGGUCAGACAGUCUCUACACCAAGGGCCCUCGCCGAUAUCAGCGUGGCGGCUCACAGAACAAUAUCAAUUUCCUGGUCAACUUACCCGACCCAUCACCUGCCGGACCUAUACCCGAAGACAAGGACUAUGCUACCUUCGUGGAAGAACGGUUCGGCCGCAACCUCAACAUUCAGCUCGCUGAGCAAGCCAAGGUUGCCAUGCGGCGGAGAAUAGCCGGUUGUCUCACAGAUAACCUAGAACCCGACGAAGCCCUAUUCAAGUCUUCACAAUGCACAGGAGGUCGCCACCCAGGCAUGACCGAAGACCAUGUCUUCCUCUACCCAACCGGCAUGUCCGCGAUCUUCAACACGCACCGCAUGCUCCGCGCCCACGCCGAGAAAGAAGGUCGCCCACCCCUCAAAUCCAUCUGCUUUGGCUUCACCUACAUCGACACCCUGAAAAUCCUCGAGAAAUGGGGCCCCGGCUGCCUCUUCUACGGCCGCGGCGACUCCGCAGACCUCGACGACCUCGAACGUCGCCUCAAAUCCGGCGAGCGCUACCUGUCCCUCUUCACCGAAUUCCCUAGCAACCCCCUCUUACACUCCUCCGACCUUCCUCGCCUUCGCCGCCUCGCCGACGAGUACGACUUUGCCAUCGCCGUCGACGAAACCGUCGGCAACGUCAUAAACAUCAACGUUCUGCCCUACGCGGACAUAGUCAUGAGCAGCCUCACAAAGGUUUUCAGCGGCGACUCCAACGUCAUGGGCGGCAGCGCAAUUCUCAAUCCGCACAGCAAACACUUCGACGCCUUCCGGCAGACUGUCGACAAGGAGUACGAAGACAACUACUGGGCCGAAGACGCCGUCUUCAUGGAGCGCAACUCUCGAGACUUUAUCUCCCGCAUUGACCGCAUCAACACUAAUGCCGACGCUAUCGCUACCACGUUGCGAAAUGCGAAGAAUGUUAAGGCGGUGUACUACCCAAAAUACGUCGCCUCGAGGCCCAACUACGAUACCUGCCGACAUCCAAACGGCGGUUAUGGCGGGCUGUUAAGUGUGGUAUUCAAUCGGCCAGAGCAGGCGGUGGCGUUCUUUGAUGCCUUGGAAGUACAGAAGGGGCCGAGUCUGGGUACAAAUUUUACGUUGGCAUGUCCAUAUACGGUGCUAGCGCAUUACACGGAGAUGGAGUGGACGGCGGAAUGGGGUGUGGACCCGGAUCUGGUGAGAGUAUCGGUCGGCUUGGAGGACACAGGGCCGUUGGUGGAGUGUUUUGAGCGGGCUUUGGCUGCUGCGGCUGCGGCUUGA